GACUUCCAACGAGUAAAAGAGUACCACAAAGAAGACCUUAGCAUCGCAAAGGACGUCGGCAACAGGGCCGGAGAAGGACGUGCCUAUUGCAAUGUCGGCAAUGCUUAUCACUCUAUCGGCGACUUCCAACGAGCAAUAGAGUACCACGAGAAACACCUUAGCAUUGCCAAAGACGUCGGCGACAGGGCCGGAGAAGGACGUGCCUAUGGCAAUCUCGCAAUGCUUAUAAAAACCUCGGCGACUUCCAACGAGCAAUAGAGUAUCACGAGAAACACCUUAGCAUUACCAAGGACGUCGGCGACAGGGCCAGAGAAGGACGUGCCUGUGGCAAUCUCCGCAAUGCUUAUAAAAACCUCGGCGACUUCCAACGAGCAAUAGAGUACCACGAGAAACACCUUAGCAUUGCCAAGGACGUCGGCAACAGGGCCUGAGAAGGAAGUGCCAGUGGCAAUCUCGGCAAUGCUUAAGAAAACUUUGGCGACUUCUAACGAGCAAUAGAGUAUCACGAGAAACACCUUAGCAUUGCAAAGGACGUCGGCAACAGGGCCGGAGAAGGACGUGCCUAUUGCAAUCUCGGCAAUGCUUAUCACUCUAUCGCCGACUUCCAACCAGCAAUAGAGUACCACGAGAAACACCUUCGGAUUGCCAAGGACGUCGGCGACAGGGUCGUAGAAGGACAUGCCUAUGGCAAUCUCGGCAAUGCUUAUAAAAAUCUCGGCGACUUCCAUCGAGUAAUAGAGUACCACGAGAAACACCUUAGCAUUGCCAAGGACGUCGGCAACAGGGCCGCAAAAGGACGUGCCAGUGGCAAUCUCGGCAAUGCUUAUCACUCUAUAGGCGACUUCCAAAGACCAACAGAGUACCACGAGAAAGACCAUUAGCAUUGCCAAGGACGUUGGCAACAGGGCCGGAGAAGGAGGUGCCUAUUGCAAUCUCGGCAAUGCUUAUAAAACUAUCGGCGACUUCCAACCAGCGAUAGAGUACUACGAGAAACACCUUAGCAUUCCCAAGAACGUCGUCGACUAGGCCGGAGACGUACGUGCCUAUGGCAAUCCCGGUAAUGCUUACCAAAACCUCGGCGACUUCCAACGAGCAAUAGACUACCCCGAGAAACACCUUAGCAUUGCUAGGGACAUCUGCGACAGGGCCGGAGAAGGACGUGCCUAUGGCAAUCUCGGCAAUGCUUAUAAAAACCUCGGCGACCUGCAACGAGCAAUAGAGUACCACGAGACACACCUUAGCAUUGCCAAGGACGUCGCCAACAGGGCCCGAGAAGGACGUGCCAGUUGCAAUCUCGGCAAUGCUUAUCAAAUUUUUGGCUACUUCCAUCGAGCAAUAGAGUAUCACGAGAAACACCUUAGCAUUGCCAAGGACGUCGGCAACAGGGCCGGAGAAGGACGUGCUUAUUGCAAUCUCGGCAAUGCUUAUCACUCUCUCGGCAACUUCCAACGAGCAAUAGAGUACCAUGAGAAACACCUUAGCAUUGCCAAGCACGUCGGCAACAGGGCCAGAGAAGGACGUGCCUAUUGCAACCUCGGCAAUGCUUAUCACUUUCUCGGCAACUUCCAACGAGCAAUAGAGUAUCACGAGAAAGACGUUAGCAUUGCCAAGGACGUCGGCGACAGGGGCGGCGAAGGACGUGCCUAUGGAAAUCUCAUCAAUGCUUAUAAAAACCUUGGCGACUUCCAAAGAGCAAUAGAGUACCACGAGAAACACCUUAGCAUUGCCAAGAACGUUGGCAACAGGGCAGGAAAAGGACGUACCUCUGGCAAUCUCAGCAAUGCUUAUAAAAACCUCGGCGACUUCCAACGAGUAAAAGAGUACCACAAAGAAGACCUUAGCAUCGCAAAGGACGUCGGAAACAGGGCCGGAGAAGGACGUGCCUAUUGCAAUGUCGGCAAUGCUUAUCACUCUAUCGGCGACUUCCAACGAGCAAUAGAGUACCACGAGAAACACCUUAGCAUUGCCAAAGACGUCGGCGACAGGGCCGGAGAAGGACGUGCCUAUUGCAAUCUCGGCAAUGCUUAUAAAAACCUUGGCGACUUCCAACGAGUCAUAGAAUACCACGAGAAACACCUUAGCAUCGCCAAGGACGUUGGCAACAGGGCCGGAGAAGGAGGUGCCUAUUGCAAUCUCGGCAAUGCUUAUAACUCUAUCAGCGACUUCCAACGAGCAAUAGAGUAACACGAGAAACACCUUAGCAUUGCCAAGGACAUCGGCGACAGGGCCGCAGAAGGACGGGCCUAUGGGAAUCUGGGCAAUGCUUAUAAAAACCUCGGCGACUUCCAACGAGCAAUAGAGAACCACGAGAAAAACCUUAGCAUUGCCAAGGACGUCGGCAACACGGUCGGAGAAGGACGUGCCAGUGGCAAUCUCGGCAAUGCUUAUCAAAACCUUGGCGAUUUCCAACGAGCAAGAGAGUAUCACGAGAAACACCUUAGCAUUGCCAAGGACGUAAGCGACAGGGACGUAGAAGGACGUUCCUAUGGCAAUCUCGGCAAUGCUUAUAAAAAUCUCGGCGACUUCCAACGAGCAAUAGAGUAUCACGAGAAACACCUUAGCAUUGCCCAGGACGUCGGCAACAGGGCCGGAGAAGGACGUGCCUAUUGCAAUCUCGGCAAUGCUUAUCACUCUGUCGGCGACUUCCAACGAGCAAUAGAGUACCACGAGAAAUACCUUAACAUUGCCAAAGACGUCGGCGACAGGGCCGGAGAAGGACGUGCCUAUGGCAAUCUCGGCAAUGCUUAUAAAAACCUCGGCGACUUCCAACGAGUAAUAGAGUACCACGAGAAAGACCUUAGCAUUGCCAAGGACGUUGGCAACAGGGCCGGAGAAGGACGUGCCUAUUGCAAUCUCGGCAAUGCUUAUCACUCUCUCGGCGGCUUCCAACAAGCAAUAGAGUACCACGAGAAAGACUUUAGCAUUGUCAAGGACGUUGGCAACAGGGCCGGAGAAGGAGGUGUCUAGUGCAAUCUUGGCAAUGCUUAUCACUCUAUCGGCGACUUCCAGCGAGUAAUAGAGUACCACGAGAAAGACCUUAGCAUUGCCAAGGAUGUUGGCAACAGGGCCGGAGAAGGAGAUGCCUAUUGCAAUCUCGGCAAUGCUUAUCACUCUAUCGGCGACUUCCAACGAGCAAUAGAGUACCACGAGAAACACCUUAGCAUUUCCAAUGACGUCGUCGACAGGGCCGGAGAAGUACGUGCCUAUUGCAAUCUCGGCAAUGCUUAUAAAAACCGUGGCGACUUCCAACGAGUAAUAGAGUAUCACGAGAAAGACGUUAGCAUUACCAAGGACAUCGGCGACAUUGCCGGAGAAGGACGUGCCUCUGGCAAUCUCAUCAAUGCUUAAUAUAUAGAUUUAGCCAGGGCUAAAAGCGAAGCUCCCAUUAGUAAAUUAUGACUUAAAUCAAACAAUAAACUUGUAAUCCACAAAUCAGUUAAAUUUAAGGGAAAGCUAAGGCUAAUUGAUUUUAGAGUAAAAAAAAAAUCUUACAUCGAAUUGAUAGCCGUAUAUAUACACCCAAAAAAUAGCAAUUAUCUUCGAUCACAUUUUAGAGCCAUAAUGGCUCUUGAUCACAGUAGAUUAGGCCUGGAAAACGAAUUUCUGGAAAACAAAUCAGGCCGAAUUUUUUGCGUUCGAUAAGUUUACUUAACAAAAUCUUGCCAACAACUCUGGGAGCGUGUAAACCAACAUUUCAUACUUUUUAUACAUCACAUCUGAAACAGUAAUAUGAGGCGUUGUUUUUAUCAUAUAGACCUCAGACAAAAUGCAGUAUUUCACAAUUUUCAAGACAAAUUGCACUCAUUCAAUAUUCAGAACCGUACGAAGCACGCGUGGGCUUUUAGCAAAACCGUUCAAAAAAUUUCCAAAAUCACCUAUACGGCCAGCCGGUUCUCACUUUUGACAAGCGCCAAAUUUUCAGUGAACAUUAAAAAAGUUACGCUUCAACAUAAUAAAGAAUUUAUUGUGUUUAUUUUUUUUAUUAAAUGGUUUUAUAACGAUGUGUAAUCUUAAAAAGCGUUUGAUACGAGCAGCAUUUUGAGUACUCCUGGAAGCGUUGUUUAUGAACGACUGAAAACAAACGGCAAAGCGAUUAAAAUUGUAAGAGACUACUAACAAUCAAGGAAAGAAAUGUGAUUCGGUGAAACAUUUACAGAGACAACAAUUUUCAUUCACGAAGACAAGUAUUAAAGCGUCUCUAAAAAUCCUGAGUCUUUAAGCUUAAGCUUAAAGCUUUUAGCCGGCUUCCUGGUGUUUACUGUUUUCAAAGAUGAACUCGAGGCAAGAAAAUCGCUCGAAGCUUUCUUUCUACAGCCAAAAUUGUAACUAAAUACUCUUCGGAACGUUUUUUCGUUCUAUAUGCGGAGAGAAAAUAUCGACUUAAGGCUUUUUAAAGUUCUGUAAGCUUAUAUAUACUAGAUCAGAUCAUUGUCUCAGAUCUUAAUACAAACGUGCAUAAAUUAGCCUCAUAAACUGCGCUCGACUUCAUGAAAUUAGAUGUAAAAAAACAAACAUACACUGUAUACAAUAAUUACUUAGGCUUACCACUCGAGAUGCAGCUUUUGAAACUAAGGCCAGAAUCGCUUGAGGGACUUUUCAACCCGCAUCCAGCAAGGUAAAAACGAAAGCGAUGCAUCCGAAAUCGGAUUUCCAACUUUGGCAACCGGCGCAUUUCCCGACCAAAAAUUCACUAAACAAACCAGCCAUGAAUCAAAGAGGACUGUUGAUAGCAGCUGUAUUUCACUUUAAGCAUCCAGUGGAAAAAGACAGUAAAAAACAUCACAAGUUGACAAAAUACUCUGUCAGCUUCAGCUGUCAAACUGAAAGUAAACAAGGUUCAAGAUGCUGUAUAAAUCAAUUUCUGCAUGAACUCACCUGUCAAAUUUUGACCAAUCAGAGCAUAAAAAUUGGACGGUCGUAGAGCGUGAUCAACGCGUGACUAUGGUGAGAAAAGUGAAAAGCCUCUGUCUUCCCUGCUUGUAAUUUUAAAUGACUGGCUGAAUUUUCGAGUCCGAGAUCAGUUUGAAAUCAAAAUGUUAAUAGCGUGGGGCCAUAGUGACAUUAACACAACACUUUCUGUCAUCAUGUCAUUAUUUUGCUGCCGUUCUCUUUGCCUUUGUAUUUCUCUUUCGCGUUGCCUUUGUCUGUUCAUAAAGCUCUGUCUCGUUCUGCUUGCCAGCGUUUUUCACUAUAAUUUUCUCUCCUUCUUCUCGCUCUGACUCUUUCUACUUGCUUUCUUUUUUUCAAAAACCAGUUGCACGCUAUAGUUGCGCGACGUUGCGCCAUGCGAUUUCCCGCCAACAAAUCUCUACUUUCCUCUACCCCAAGAGUCCAUGCGGACUACUUUCCACUACCCGAAAAGUCCCUAAGGACGGACGUACGCUACGUCAUAACCAAAUUUUCUGGGAUGGAUAGUUUACCACAUUUUCUCACCCAUAGUGCUACGCUGCGUGCGCGAUUCGCGCGCGCGGGAGAUCCGCUAUAACAACCUUGCCGACUUCCAACGAGCAAUAGAGUACCACGAGAAACACCUUAGCAUUACCAAGGACGUUGGCAACAAGGCCGGAGAAGGACGUGCCUAUGGCAAUCUCGGCAAUGCUUAUAAAAACCUCGGCGACUUCCAACGAGUAAUAGAGUACCACGAGAAAGACCUUAGCGUCGCCAACGACGUUGGCAACAGGGUCGGAGAAGGAGGUGCCUAUUGUAAUCUCGGCAAUGCUUUUCACUCUAUUGGCGACUUCCAACGAGUAAAAGAGUACCACGAGGAAGACCUUACCAUCGCCAAGGACGUUGGCAACAGGGCCAGAGAUGGAGGUGCCUAUUGCAAUCUCGGCAACGCUUAUCACUCUAUCGGCGACUUUCAACGAGUAAUAGAGUACCACGAUAAAGUUUUUAGCAUUGCCAAGGAUGUUGUCAACAGGGCCAGAGAGAAAGGUGCCUAUUGCAAUCUCGGCAAUCCUUAUCACUCCAUUGGCGACUUCCAACGAGCAAUAGAGUACCACGAGAAAGACCUUAGCAUUUCCAAUGACGUCGUCGACAGGGCCGGAGAAGUACGUGCCUACGGCAAUCUCGGCAAUGCUUAUAAAAACGUCGGCGACUUUCAACGAGCAAUAAAGUACCAAGAGAAAGACGUUAGCAUUGCCACGGACGUAGGCGACAGGGCCAGAAAAGGACGUGCCUAUGGCAAUCUCAUCAAUGCUUAUAAAACCCUUGGCGACUUCCAACGAGCAAAAGAGUGCCACGAGAAACACCUUAGAAUUGCAAGGGACGUUGGCAACAGAGCCCGAGAAGGACGUCCCUAUGGCAAUCUCGGCAAUGCUUAUAAAAACCUCAGCGACUUCCAACAAGUAAUAGAGUACCACGAGAAAGACCUUACCAUCGCCAAGCACGUUGGCAACAGGGCCGGAGAAGGAGGUGGCUAUUGCAAUCUCGGCAAUGCUUAUCUCUCUAUCGGCGAAUUCCAACGAGCAAUAGAGUACCACGAGAAACACCUUAGCAUUUCCAAAGACGUCGUUGACUAGGCCGGAGAAGAACGUGCCUAUGGCAAUCUCGGCAAUGCUUAUCAAAACCUCGGCGACUUCAAACGAGCAAUACAGUACCACGAGAAACACCUUAGCAUUGCUAAGAACAUCGGCGAAAGGGCCGGAGAAGGACGUGCCUAUGGCAAUCUCGCAAUGCUUAUAAAAACCUCGUCUACUUCCAACGAGCAAUAGAGUAUCACGAGAAACACCUUAGCAUUGCCAAGGACGUCGGCAACAGGGCCUGAGAAGGAAGUGCCAGUGGCAAUCUCGGCAAUGCUUAAGAAAACUUUGGCGACUUCUAACGAGCAAUAGAGUAUCACGAGAAACACCUUAGCAUUGCAAAGGACGUCGACAACAGGGCCGGAGAAGGACGUGCCUAUUGCAAUCUCGGCAAUGCUUAUCACUCUCUCGGCGACUUCCAAAGAGCAAUAGAGUACCACGAGAAACACCUUAGCAUUGCCAAGGACGUAAGCGACAGGGCCGUAGAAGGACGUGCCUAUGGCAAUCUCGGCAAUGCUUAUAAAAAUCUCGGCGACUUCCAACGAGUAAUAGAAUACCACGAGAAACACCUUAGCAUUCCCAAGGACGUCGGCAACAGGGCCGGAAAAAGACGUGCCAGUGGCAAUCUCGGCAAUGCUUAUCUCUCUAAUCGGCGACUUCCAAAGACCAACAGAGUACCACGAGAAAGGCCAUUAGCAUUGCCAAGGACGUUGGCAACAGGGCCGGAGAAGGAGGUGCCUAUUGCAAUCUCGGCAAUGCUUAUAAAACUAUCGGCGACUUCCAACCAGCGAUAGAGUACUACGAGAAACACCUUAGCAUUCCCAAGAACGUCGUCGACUAGGCCGGAGACGUACGUGCCUAUGGCAAUCUCGGUAAUGCUUACCAAAACCUCGGCGACUUCCAACGAGCAAUAGACUACCACGAGAAACACCUUAGCAUUGCUAGGGACAUCUGCGACAGGGCCGGAGAAGGACGUGCCUAUGGCAAUCUCGGCAAUGCUUAUAAAAACCUCACAGACCUACAACGAUCAAUAGAGUACCACGAGAAACACCUUAGCAUUGCCAAGGACGUCGCCAACAGGGCCCGAGAAGGACGUGCCAGUUGCAAUCUCGGCAAUGCUUAUCAAAUUUUUGGCUACUUCCAUCGAGCAAUAGAGUAUCACGAGAAACACCUUAGCAUUGCCAAGGACGUCGGCAACAGGGCCGGAGAAGGACGUGCUAAUUGCAAUCUUGGCAAUGCUUAUCUCUCUCUCGGCAACUUCCAACGAGCAAUAGAGUACCAUAAGAAACACCUUAGCAUUGCCAAGCACGUCGGCAACAGGGCCAGAGAAGGACGUGCCUAUUGCAACCUCGGCAAUGCUUAUCACUUUCUCGGCAACUUCCAACGAGCAAUAGAGUAUCACGACAAACACGUUAGCAUUGCCAAGGACGUCGGCCACAGGGCCGGAGAACGACGUGCCAGUGGCAAUCUCGGCAAUGCUUAUCACUCUAUAGGCGACUUCCAACGAGUAAUAGAGUACCACGAGAAACACCUUAGCAUUGCCAAGGACGUCGGCAACAGGGCCGCAAAAGGACGUGCCAGUGGCAAUCUCGGCAAUUCUUUUAAAACGAGCAACAAAGUAUCACGAGAAAAACCUUAGCAUUGCCAAGGACGUUGGCAACAGGGCCGGAGAAGGAGGUGCCUAUUGCAAUCUCGGCAAUGCUUAUCACUCUAUUGGCGACUUCCAACGAGUAAUAGAGUGCCAGGAGAAAGACCUUAGCAUUGCCAAGGAUUUUGGCAACAGGGCCGGAGAAGGAGGCGCCUGUUGCAAUCUCGACAAUGCUUAUAAAAACCUUGGCGACUUCCAACGAGUAAUAGAGUACCACGAGAAAGACCUUAUCAUCCCCAAGCACGUUGGCAACUGGGCCGGAGAAGGAGGUGCCUUUUGCAAUCUCGGUAAUGCUUAUCUCUCUAUCGGCGACUUCCAAAGAGCAAUAGAGUACCACGAGAAACACCUUAGCAUUCCCAAGGACGUCGGCGACAGGGCCGGAGAAGGACGUGCCUAUUGCAAUCUCGGCAAUGCUUAUAAAAACCAAGGCAACUUCCAACGAGUAAUAGAGUACCAAGAGAAAGACCUUAGCAUUGCCAAGGACGUUGGCAACAGUGCCGGAGAAGGAGGUGCCUAUUGCAACCUCAGCAAUGCUUAUCACUCUAUCGGCGACUUCCAACGAGUAAUAGAGUACCACGAGAAACACCUAAGCAUUUUCAAGGACGUGCUCGACUUGGCCGGAGAAGUACGUGCCUAUGGCAAUCUCGGCAAUGCUUAUCAAAACUUCGGCGACUUCCAACGAGCAAUAGAGUACCACGAGAAACACCUUAGCAUUGCCAAGGACGUUGGCAGCAGGGCCGGAGAAGGACGUGCCUAUGGCAAUCUCUGCAAGGCUUAUAAAAACCUUGGCGACUUCCAACCAGUAAUAGAGUACCACGAGAUAAACCUUAGCAUCGCCAAGGACGUUGGCAACAAGGUCGAAGAGGGAGGUGCCUAUUGCAAUCUCGGCAAUGCUUUUCACUCUAUGGGCGACUUCCAACGAGUAAUAAAGUACCACGGGAAAGACCUUACCAUCGCCAAGGACGUUGGCAACAGGGCCGGAGAUGGAGGUGCCUAUUGCCAUCUCGGCAAUGCUUAUCACUCUAUCCGCGACUUUCAACGAGUAAAAGAGUACCACGAUAAAGUUUUUCGUAUUGCCAAGGAUGUUGUCAACAGGGCCGGGAAAAAAGGUGCCUAUUGCAAUCUAGGCAAUGCUUAUCACUCUAUUGGCGACUUCCAACGAGCAAUAGAGUACCACGAGAAACACCUUAGCAUUUCCAAUGACGUCGUCGACAGGGCCGGAGAAGUACGUGCCUAUGGUAAUCUCGGCAAUGCUUAUAAAAACGUCGGCGACUUUCAACGAGCAAUAGAGUAUCACGAGAAGAACGUUAGCAUUGCCAAGGACGUCGGGGACAGGGCCGGAGAAGGACGUGCCUAUGGCAAUCUCGGCAAUGCUUAUAAUAACCUCGGCGACUUCCAACGAGUAAUAGAGUACCACGAAAAAGACCUUAAAAUCGCCAAGCACGUUGGUAACAGGGCCGGAGAAGGAGGUGCCUAUUGCAAUCUCGGAUAUGCUUAUCUCGCCAUCGGAGACUUCCAAAGAGCAAUAGAAAACCACGAGAAACACCUUAGCAUUGCCAAGGACGUCAGCGACAGGGCAGGAGAACACGUGCCAUUGAAAUCUCGGCAAUGCUUAUAAAAACCUCUGCGACUUUGAACGAAUAAUAGAGUACCACAAGAAAGACCUUAGCUUUGCCAAGGACGUUGGCAACAGGGCCGGAGAAGGAGGUGCCUAUUGCAAUCUCGGCAAUGCUUAUCACUCUAUCGGCGCCUUCCAACAAGCAAUAAAGUACCACAAGAAACACUUUAGCAUCUCCAAAGACGUCGUCUACUUGGCCGGAGAAGUACGUGCCUAUGGCAAUCUCGGCAAUGCUUAGGAAAACCUCGGCGACUUCCAACGAGCAAUAGACUACCACGAGAAACACCUUAGCAUUGCUAGGGACAUCGGCAACAGGGCCGCAGAAGGACGUGCCAAUUGCAAUCUCGGCAAUGCUUAUAAAAACCUCGGCGACUUCCAACGAGCAAUAGAGUAUAACGAGAAACACCUUAGCAUUGCCAACGACGUCGGCGACAGCGCCGGAGAAGGACGUGCCUGUGGCAAUCUCGGCAAUGCUUAUAAAAACCUCAGCGACUUCCAACGAGCAAUAGAGUACCACGAGAAACACCUUAGCAUUGCCAAGGACGUCGGCAACGGGGCCGGAGAACGAAGUGCCAGUGGCAAUGUCGGCAAUGGUUAACAAAACUUUCGCGACUUCUAACGAGCAAUAGAGUAUCACGAGAAACACCUUAGCAUUGCCAAGGACGUCGUUAACAGGGCCGGACAGCGACGUGCCUAUUGCAAUCUCGGCAAUGCUUAUCAAAACUUUGGCGACUUCCAACGAGCAAUAGAGUAUCACGAGAAACCCUUAGCAUUGCCAAGGACGUCGGCAACAGGCCCGGAGAAGGACGUGCCAGUGGCAAUCAUGGCAAUGCUUAACAAAACUUUGGCGACUUCUAACGAGCAAUAGAGUUUCACGAGAAACACCUUAGCAUUGCCAAGGACGUCGGCAACAGGGCCGGACAACGACUUGCGUAUUGCAAUCUCGGCAACGCUUAUAAAAAUCUCGGCGACUUCCAACGAGUAAUAGAGUAGCACGAGAAACACCUUAGCAUUGCCAAGGACGUCGGCAACAGGGCCGGAGAAGAAGGUGGCAGUGGCAAUCUUGGCAAUGCUUAUCUCUCUAUAGGCGACUUCCAACGAGCAAUAGAGUACCACGAGAAGCAUCUUAGCAUUGUCAAGGACGUCGGCAACAGGGCAUCAAAAGGACGUGCCAGUGACAAUAUUGGCAAUGCUUUUCCAACGAGCUAUAGAGUAUCACGAGAAACACCUUAAAUUAGCAUUGCCAAGGACGUUGGCAACAGGGCCGGAGAAGGACGUGCCUAUUGCAAUCUCGGCAAUGCUUAUCAUUCUCUCGCCGUCUUGCAACAAGCAAUAGAGUACCCCGAGAAAGACCUUAGCAUUGCCAAAGACGUCGGCGACAGGGCCGGAGAAGGACGUGCCUAUUGCAAUCUCGGCAAUGCUUAUAACUCUCUCGGCGACUUCCAACAAGUAAUAGAGUACCAGGAGAAAACCAUAGCAUUGCCAAGGACGUUGGCAACAGGGCCGGAGAAGGAGGUGCCUAUUGCAAUCUUGGCAAUGCUUAUCACUCUCUCGGCGACUUCCAACGAAUAAUAGGGUACCACGAGAAAGGCCUUAGCAUUGCCAAGGAUUUUGGCAACAGGGCCUGAGAAUGAGGUGCCUAUUGCAAUCUCGGCAAUGCUUAUCACUCUAUCGGCGACUUCCAACGAGCACUAGAGUACCACGAGAAACACCUUAGCAUUUCCAUGGACGUCGUCGACUUGGCCGGAGAAGUGCGUGCCCAUGGCAAUCUCGGCAAUGCUUAUGAAAACCUCGGCGACUUCCAACGAGCAAUAGACUAGCCCGAGAAACACCUAAGCAUUGCCAAGGACGUUGGCGACGGGGCCGGAGAAGGACGUGCCUAUGGCAAUCUCGGCAAUGCUUAUAAAAACCUCGGCGACUUCCAACGAGCAAUAGAGUACCACGAGGAACACAAUAGCAUUGCCAAGGACGUCGGCAACAGGGCUGGAGAAGGACGUGCCAGUUGCAAUCUUGGCAAUGCUUAUCAAGACUUUCGCGACUUCCAACGAGCAAUACAGUAUCACGCGAAACACGUUAGCAUUGCCAAGGACGUUGGCAACAGGGCCAGAGAAGGACGUGCCUAUUGCAAUCUCGGCAAUGCUUAACACUCUCUCGCCGACUUCCAACGACUAAUAGAGUACCACGAGAAAGACCUUAGCAUCGCCAAGGACGUUGGCAACAGGGCCGGAGAAGGAGGUGCCUAUUGCAAUCUCGGCAAUGCUUAUCACUCUCUCGCCGACUUCCAACGAGUAAUAGAGUACCACGGGAAAGAGCUUAGCAUCGCCAAGGACGUUGGCAACAGGGCUGGAGAAGGAGGUGCCUAUUGCAAUCUCGGCAAUGCUUAUCACUCUAUCGGCGACUUCCAACGAGUAAUAGAGUAUCACAAGAAAGACGUUAGCAUUGCCAAGGACGUCGGCGACGGGGCCGGAGAAGGACGUGCCUAUGGCAAUCUCAUCAAUGCUUAUAAAAACCUUGGCGUCUUCCAACGAGCAAUAGAGUACCACGAGAAGCACCUUAGCAUUGCCAAGGACGUUGGCAACAGAGGCGGAGAAGGACGUGCCUAUGGCAAUCUCGGCAAUGCUUAUAAAAACCUCGGCGACUUCCAACAAGCAAUAGAGUACCACGAGGAACACCUUAGCAUUGCCAAGGACGUCGGCAACAGGGCUGGAGAAGGACGUGCCAGUUGCAAUCUUGGCAAUGCUUAUCAAAACUUUCGCGACUUUCAACGAGCAAUACAGUAUCACGAGAAACACCUUAGCAUUGCCAAGGACGUCGGCAACAGGGCCAGAGAAGGACGUACCUAUUGCAAUCUCGGCAAUGCUUAUCACUGUCUCGCCGACUUCCAACGAGUAAUAGAGUACCACGAGAAACACCUUAGCAUUGCAAGGGACAUCGGCGACAGGGCCGGAGAAGGACGUGCCUAUGGCAAUCUCGGCAUUGCUUAUGAAAACCUCGGCGACUUCCAACGAGCAUUAGAGUUAGAUAGAUAG